AUGUCUAGGCUAAUUCUUGUCAUAGGUUUGGCAUUUCUGCUGAAUGUUCUGCUAGGUUCUUCCUACCAGUUGAUGUGCUACUACAACAAUGUGGCCAAGGCCAGGCCAGGAAUGGGCAGAUUCAGUCCUGCAGAUAUCGACCCCUGCUUGUGUACUCACCUCAUUUAUGCCUUUGCUGGGAUGAAGAACAACAGGAUCAUCCCCCAAAGGGUGGAUUUCUUGACUGACUAUCAAACUUUAAAUACACUAAAAAACAGGAACAUUGAGCUGAAAACUCUUCUGGCCAUUGGAGGCAGUGAUAUGGGACCUGCACCUUUUUCAUACAUGGUGUCCACUCCUGAGUUCCGUGAGACUUUUAUCAGUUCAGUUAUUGACUUCCUUCGCAAGUAUAGAUUUGAUGGGUUGAAUCUGGAUUGGCAAUACCCUGGGUCACCGGGGGGCUCUCCUGAGGACAAGCAUCUCUUCACUGUCCUGGUGCAGGAAAUGUAUGAAGCUUUUCAACAGGAAUCCAUGCAAAGCAGUAAGCCAAGGCUGAUGGUCACUGCUACAGUAGCUGGUAUAAUUUCCACCAUUGAUUCUGCCUAUGAGAUCCCCCAGCUGUCUCAGGUCUUGGACUACUUCCUUGUCAUGACUUAUAAUCUUCAUGACUAUAAAGAGAGAGUCACUGGAGAAAACAGUCCCCUCUACAAAUACCCAACUGACACUAACACCUUCUGUAAUGUGGAUUCCGUUAUGAACUACUGGAAGACAAAUGGGGCUGAAGCUGAGAAGCUUAUUGUUGGAUUCCCAACAUAUGCGCAGACCUUCUCCUUGACUGACUCCUCUAUCAAGGGAAUUGGUGCCCCAGCCUCAAGCCCUGGCCCUAAAGGCCCCUACACGCAAGAAAGUGGGAUCCUGGCCUAUUAUGAGGUUUGUGAUUUCCUGGCCAAAGGAGCUACUCAGGCCUGGGAUGAGCCUCAGGAUGUUCCCUAUGCAUAUCAUGAUGAUGAGUGGGUUGGGUAUGAUGAUGUCCACAGUUUCCUUAUCAAGGCCAACUGGCUUCAGCAGAACAAUUUUGGAGGUGCCAUGAUUUGGACCCUUGGGAUGGAUGACUUUACUGGCUCUUUCUGUAAACAAAGCAAAUUCCCUCUAACCUCUACACUGAAGAAAGCCCUCGGGGUGUAUAGUGAAAGUUGCAUGUAAUCUGUUUCAGAGACUCAUCAGCUAAAUCCUCCACUAGACAGUAAGAGUACAGGUUGGUAGGACAUCUCUGGGGCAGUGGAUCAUCUGUCUCCUGUGCCAAGAGAAUAAAAAUGCCUGCCUGUAUUGCCUGAAUGCAAUCUAAUCCUUGCAUAAAUCCCAAAUGGACUUUAUCCUCACUUUAUCUAUUAUGAGGAGACUAGGCAUGACCUUGUCUUUUCAGAUGUUUUCACUGUUCUGAAUUGAACAGCCUCCCUUGCUCCUUGCACAGCUACCUUGUUAAUCACUGCAUUGCUAAAAUAAAAUCAGCAUUCAAAA